AUAAUUUGAAAAUGUUUGAUAUCAAUCUUUAAAUUUAGAGGUAAAGGAACCUACAACGAUAAUGGAAUGAAAAUUGGAUAAUGGACAGAACUUUCUGAAACAUUUUGUUAGUACACUUUAUGAUUAAAUUUAUUAGAGCUUCUUUAGUUGUUUAUAAAGGAUAAUAUUUAAACGGAAUUAAAUGUGGAGAAUGGAAUGCAUUCUUUACAACUAAUGUUGAAAAAUAAUAUAAGUUAAUGUAAAUAUUGUUAUCCAUAAUAAGUGGUGGUGGUUAGUUUGAUAGGAAUGGAGUAAAGUUUGGAAAAUGGAUAGAUUUGCAUGAAAAUUUUCAAUAGUUAAAUUAUCUAAAUAAUAUUAGCGACGAAUAAGUCAUAUAUAUUGGUUAAUAUUAAGAUGGAAUCAAAGAAUAAGAAUUUUAUUAGAAAAAAUUACAGUGA